GCAAAAUUGAAAGGAAAAGCAGAGAUCUACCAACAAGCAACAUGUUCUCUUCUUUGCUUUUCUGCAGUUGUUUCAUCGCCUUCCUGUCCGUCGGCUCCAGCAGCCAGGAUCAAGUAGACUACACUCCGUAUUCCACCCUGUUGGCCCUUCUCACCGGAAAUGCCGAUCCAUCGGCUGUUGAAAGCCCAUACAUAAGAAGACUUCCAUCGCCAGUACGACCUUACUAUACCAAACCUGUCGCUGAUUAUUCCUCGUAUUACCCAGUGUAUCCGCCGCAACCAUACCCUGAAAUGUUUCGCCAACAACUAUUCGAACGAAGGUUUCAUCCGGAAGACCCAGAAGCUCAAUUCUUACGCUCUGAUUCGGAUUCUCGUUUUCUCGGAUUGAAAGCCAAUGCAAUAAAAGGAUUGCUUACAUCCUUGCGAGGACCACCUGGUCCCCCUGGUCCUCCAGCUCCGGCACCAAUUCCAGCAGGUCCAGCAGGUCCCCCAGGUCCCCCAGGCCCUCCUGGUCCUGAUGGCGCUCCUGGCCCUGAUGGUGCUCCUGGUCCCGAUGGUGCUACUGGCCCCGAUGGCGCUCAAGGCCCCGAUGGUAAUCCAGGUCCUGACGGUAAUCCUGGUCCUGAUGGUAAUCCCGGUCCUGACGGUAACCCCGGCCCCGAUGGUAAUCCCGGUCCUGAUGGUGCUCCCGCACCAGCACUGACAGCAGUUAGAGUUUAAAAUGUCCAAAGUGUUUCCAAGAACUUUGCAGGUAAUUAACAACGGUAAUUAGGCACCCUGGUUUGGUUACGGAAUGUCUGUUAAGAGGUUAAAAUGGGUAAAUGAACCAAUAUUAAUCAAUUUAAAUUUUGGUCAAACAUGAAGUUGUGAUCAUUAGUAUUUAC